GGGUCAGCCUAAUUGCCUACUCCCCGGAGCUCCGCUGUCACUUGGACAACGGGGCCGUCCUUAGACCUCCUACUCCCCCUUCUCCUCAGGCAGCGGCCGCCGCCACUCCCAACCUCCCCGCCUACCUGGCCACGCCCUGGAGCUCGAUAUCCCUGUUAUCAGGUUCUGGGAAAUAAACUAAUGCAGCACGCCUGCCCAGUCACCUGGGGUCGUUGUGGAGCCUGCUUGAUUUAAUGAACGUACCCCGCUCCUGUCAUUGGCCCGGGGUCCGGCGCCUGGUCACCAGAAAUGAGAUGGACACGGGUGUAACCGUCCACCGUCGGUCUUCACUCCCCACCCCAAGACCCCGUCCGAUCCUUUUGUUGCGUCUGGGUUCAAGGUCUGCGGCUCCGAUGGUGCCGGCGUCUGGUGGUGUCGCGGCUCCAUGGCGUGCCGGGAGGUGCAGGCGGCCACCGGGCUAGCGCUGCUGUGCGGAGUGUGCUCUCUGGGUGGGCUGCUGGCUGCCACACUGCUACCACGCUGGCGGCUUCAGCGUCUGGCCUCGGCCAGCCGGCACCAGCCCAACCUAAGCGUCAGCUCUGGGCUCUGGACCCGCUGCGUGAGAGCACAGGGUGAGGCCCGUUGCACCUUCCGCGACCCCGACUGGUACCGCUCACUUGACCAGCUCGACCUGCGGCUGUUACAGCUGGCACUGCCACUGGCCCUGACUGCCGCUACCGCCGCCGCUCUGCUGGGUGCCCUCGGCCUCUGUCACGCUGCUUGCAGCGGCCGUGCUCCCCGUGCCGGCCUGGCCCGCUGCCUGGUCAACAGCGCUGGCUGCCAGCUGGUGGCUGGCUUACUCGACCUGCUGGCUGCCGGCCUGGUACUAGGUCCCACUGUCUGGCUGCUGCUCCAUACUAGCCGUCUAAACCGGCGCUACGGGCCGACUUGGAGCGCCGGGCCCGCCGCCUACUUAGCCCUGGGCAGCGGUGGUGGGCUGGCACUGGCCGGUGGGCUGUUGCUGCUCUGGUACUGUGCCUGCCGUCCACCGCCCGUGCUGCUUUGGCAGCCGCUGGCCCCAACCCCUCUCCCAGCCCAAUUUCAGCACUACCCAUACCCGCUAUCCGCUCCUACUGCCUACUUGGCGGAGCCCUCCGGCCGCCGUUCCCGUCUCUCCACCCUGGAGAUCGAUAUCCCUGUCAUCAGGCAGCAGGCGUGCUAAGGGGCAGUGGGGGACAGCGAUGGGGGUGUUGAGUGAUUGGGCUGCUUUGUCCUCUGCUUGUCCCCAGAACCACAAACACCCCUAGGAUGGGAUGUACGCACAGAGGAGGAUCCCCUCACUCGCUCCCUUCUUCACACACCCCUAACACUUCUUGUCUCAGACGUGCACAUUGCCACGCAUUCACCGGAUUGCUUCUCACAAUAUACAGAGAGAGAUGCACUCUUAUUCAAUUACACAUAGAGAGAGGCACACACACACACACAGUCACAAGGGCCCACAAACACUAUCUCACACACAGGAUUUCUCUCGCAUGUACACUAUCUGUCUCUCUCUCUCACACACACACACACGUUGUACAUCUCUCCUUCUAGGGUUCCCUUUUGCUCUGUUUCCACUAUUCCUUCCAAGUAAUUUCUCUCUCAUAUACACACUAUCAGUUCGCCUGCAGCUUGGUGCCAACUGUAUUCCGUGACCGAGGCAUGAAGUACCGAGGACUCUGAGGGUGCAUUUAACCCAGGGAACAAUGCAACUCGUGGAUGAUCUAAUUGCACUGUGAAUGUGGAUACCUCCUUCCACCUGCUAACUCUGCUCUCAUUGCCUAUUCAUUCAUUGUCUGGGUGUGGGUGUCAUUCAUGAGUAUAAUCAUUGCUCAUUUGUUCCUUGCUCCCCAUGAAGGUGGGGGUAAACCGAAGGUGCUCCAAUGGUGCCAUUGAUAAAGGGAGUUCCUGGGAUUUUGACCUAGUGAUGGAGGUCAAUUUUUCCUCAGUUGGGCAGUGCAAGAGCGGGGCUUGUUUCCCUGUGCCCACUGGCCUUGUCCUCUGGGCGGGAAAGGCAGAGAGACUGCAGAUGCUGCAACCUGUAUCCUGUAUCUUGUGACUCAGCGGGCUGAGCAGCUUCUGCGGAGGGGAAAGGUGCCAGUGGAUGUUCCGGGUGGUUCGGGGAGGUGCUGUCGGAGUAGUCCCGGGCGAGUAACUGUGGUGACAGUGCAGUGUCCAGUGUUGUUCUGCAAGUGCUGAAUUGUGUUGUUCUGAUUGUGUUACAGCAGGCUCAAGGGGAGAGAGAGGAGGGGGAGAGGUGGUGUCCCAUUCCCAGUUCACCAGCUGUCAGGGCUGUUGGUGCAUUGACAUCACAUUGGAACUCCAUUCCAGCUUCCCCCCUCAUCCUUCCUCCUCUCCACUCCCCUUUCCAUGACAUCCUUCUUCCUUCCCCCUCCCCAUCCACCUCAUUCCCACUCUCUAUCUACUUCCACAUCACAUUUCCCCCACUAACCCAUCACAACCCCAUCCCUUUCUCUUCCUACCUAUCCCACCCCAUCUCCUUUCCCCCA